AUGGCGCACCGAGGCACGCCCCUGUUCUCGAGCAGCGUGGUCUUCUGCGCAUUCCUGCGGCUUGUGGUCUGUCAGCUGGAAGCCAUGGACGCCAGAGACCACUUCAGGAUGGUCCAUGACAAGCACGAUCACACUGAUGUCAGCAGCAGUAGCAAGAGCUCUGAUCCAGACCUUACCCCGGCGGCACUGGCUACUACAUCAAUCGGCACCACCGCCUCCAACGGGACACCAGGAUCCACGGCACUGGCCCUCGGCUUCGGCUCGGACUGCUCACACGAAGGACAGUGCAGCGCGCUCCUCGGUCUCGCCUGCGUCAGCAACGGGAACAGCGCGGCAAAGUGCACAUGCGCUUUAUCGACACCGAUCUACGUCAAUGAGGGCGGCGUCCACAAGUGUGUCCGAGCCAAGAACCUCAACGAAGCGUGCGUCAGCAACCAGGAGUGCAGCUACGGCAACCCGAACGUGCAGUGCGUCAACUCCCUUUGCAACUGCUCGCACCCGUUCGAGUUGACAGCAGCGAGGCUUUGCCUGUUGCGGGGCUACGCAGGUCAUUUAUCGAUGAUAAACUGA